AUGUCUCGUCCAGAAGAUUUGGCACCACCAGAAGUCUUUUACAAUGACUCGGAGUCGCAGAAAUACACUUCUUCGACCAGAGUGCAGCACAUUCAAGCAAAGAUGUCUUUGCGAGCACUAGAACUUCUCAAUCUCUCAGAUACAUCCUUUGUGUUGGACGUAGGAUGUGGGUCGGGGCUCAGUGGGGAGAUCUUGACCGAGGAAGGCCAUAUUUGGUGCGGUGUCGACAUUUCGCCAUCGAUGUUGGCGACGGGUGUAACCCGAGAAUUAGACGGUGAUCUGAUGCUGCACGACAUGGGUCAAGGCCUACCGUUCAGAGCCGGUACUUUUGACGCGGCCAUCAGCAUCAGUGCUAUACAAUGGCUGUGUAAUGCCGACACGUCCUACAACGACCCCAAACGACGCCUAAUGCGUUUUUUUAACACGCUGUUUGCGUCGUUGAAGAAAGGUGGUAAAUUCGUGGCACAAUUCUACCCUAAGAAUGACGAUCAAAUUCAGCAAAUUCUGGGAGCUGCAAAAGUGGCCGGUUUCAGCGGUGGUCUGGUUGUCGACAACCCAGAAUCCAAGAAAAACAAAAAAUACUACCUGGUGUUGAGUUCUGGCUCCUCUGUGGAAGACGAACGCGUCAACCUGCAGGGCGUCACCAUGAAUGCAGAAGAAAUGAUCAAAGUCCGUCGGGAGAAGAAAGCUACCGAAUCGAAUAAGAACUACAUCCAGCGCAAGAAAGAACUCAUGCGCAAGCGGGGCCGUGUGGUGGCGAAGGACUCCAAGUUUACAGGCAGAAAACGUAAAAAUCGGUUUUGA